CGAUGACAGGACGUUCGCCGCCUUCGUCCAUUUUGGUUCGCCAAGCUAACUCGGCUAACUAACGCUGUGGGGGCAUCGGAUCAACAGACAUGGACGACGGCGACGAGCUGGGGAUAGUUCUCUCUCACAAUACCUCCUCUGGCUCCAAGUCCGGCGGGGACAAGAUGUUUUCACUGAAAAAGUGGAACGCUGUAGCAAUGUGGAGCUGGGAUGUCGAGUGUGAUACUUGUGCUAUUUGCCGGGUGCAAGUGAUGGAUGCUUGUCUCCGGUGUCAAGCGGAAAAUAAACAAGAGGACUGCGUUGUGGUGUGGGGCGAGUGUAACCACUCCUUCCAUAACUGCUGCAUGUCACUUUGGGUGAAGCAGAACAACCGCUGCCCCCUAUGCCAGCAGGACUGGGUGGUUCAGAGGAUCGGGAAAUAAUCCCUUGCCCCGGAAGGGACGUGAUUCACAGACUUUCACCCGUAUGCGCCCCAAAGGUGGACACAGAUCUGGCCGUGACUAUUGCGACGCCCCCCACCGUGCAGAGCCGGUUGCCUUCCAACUCGGCCGUUUGAUUGCAUGUUCCAGUACUUGUAGUGUCCGAGGCUGGCAUCGAACCCGGUGGAUGUCACACAUUUGGACUUGUGGGCUCACUGAUGGAUGUGCAAAGACCAAGAGUCAUCAAGAGAAAGAUGAAACUUGCAGUUUGGUCACGUGUUAGCUGUAUUGUUUUGUUUGUGGGGGGUGUUUGCCAAGU